AUGAAGGCUACGGUAAUUGGCGCUGCUGGUGGUAUCGGCCAGCCUCUUUCUUUGCUUUUGAAGCAGAACCCGCUGAUCAAGGAGCUUUCGCUGUAUGAUGUGGUGAACGCCAAAGGUGUUGCUGCCGACCUGGGCCACAUCAACUCUGCUUCGCUCGUCCACGGUUUUGUGCCCGACAAUAAUGGCCUUGUCGAGUCGUUGCGCGGCACCAACAUUGUCGUCAUUCCUGCCGGCAUGCCGCGCAAGCCCGGCAUGUCGCGUGACGACCUCUUCAACGCCAACGGCUCGAUUGUGCACGACAUUGCCGAGGCGAUUGCCAAGACGGCGCCCAAAGCGUUUGUCCUGGUCAUCUCCAACCCGGUCAACUCGAUGGUCCCCAUCGUUGCCGAGGUGUUCAAGAAACACAAUGCGUACGACCCGAAGCGUCUCUUUGGUGUCACCACGCUGGACCUUGUGCGUGCCUCGACCUUUGUUGCGGAGGCGAACGGCAAGCCCCACGACGCUGCUGACUACGUCAUCCCGGUCGUCGGUGGACACUCUGGUGUCACCAUCGUCCCGUUGAUCUCGCAGUCCAAGCCGGCGCUGACCAAGGACGACCGUGAGCUGCUCGACAAGCUCACCCACCGUAUCCAGUUUGGUGGUGACGAGGUUGUCGAGGCCAAGAACGGCGCUGGCUCGGCCACCCUCUCGAUGGCGUUUGCUGCUGCGCGUUUCUCUGACGCUGUCAUCCAGGCUGCGCUCGGCAAGCGCGACUCGCCUGUCGUGUACAGCUACGUCGAUCUCGCUGCAGACCCCAAGGGCGCCCAGGAAAUCAAGGCUAUCAUUGGCGACAAGACGCCGUUCUUCAGUGUUCCUUUGCAGCUCGGCCCUGAGGGGAUUGUGGCCAUCAAGCCGUUCAACGCGAUCACCGAGUUCGAGAAGACCGCUCUGGAGAAAGCCGUGGAUGCGCUCAAGGACAACAUCACCAAGGGUGUUGAAUUCAAGAGCAAGGUCUAA